AUGGAGGAAUUGUCCAAAACCGUGUUCGAUAAAAAAAUAAACAUGAUAAGUACGUUUGACUACACCAAAUCUGUCACCUGGUUGUCAAUGGUACUCUUGGAAGAAAGACUUGCCAAAUUAUACUACAAGCUGGAGAAUCACCACCACCACCACCAAUUAGAAGCAGAUGUUUUGUCAGCUUCUCUACAGGCUUUUGGAUCUGUUGUUUCGAAUUGCCUGAAUCAGUUGUUGUUGAAUUCGAAACCCGGAUCAGAAAUUUUGUCUUUUUCAUGGAUUCAACAAUGUUUUGAGCUCCUACCGCUUAUCAACGGGGCAUUUGCAAAGCUAGUUGUGGAUAUAGAAUACCCCAUGAGCAGCUGGGAUGUUGCUUCUCUUGACGAGUAUCUCAACUACGGCUUGCAUUUGCUGGAGCUUCUCAAUUCUGUUAGUUCCUCUCUCUCUCAUCUGGCCCACGCUCGGCUUUCGUUUGCACAUGCUCUGAACCUUCUGGAGAAUUCACCUUCUUUGGCAAUUAAACAUCUCAAAGCAAUUCGACCGCAAAGUUCAAGCAAGGACUUUAAAGGACAGGAAAACAUGGAAGAUGGUGACGACAAGUUCUCCUCCUGCAAGGAAAGGGUAGUCAAUCAAGCUUUGAUGGAAAUAAAGAAUGUUGGAUUUUGGGUAUGUGGCGUUGCUUUGGCUAGCUUGUCUGGAGAUGCUAAACCAUACUUGGAGAUCAAACGAGUGAUUGACAGGUUCAAUAGUGCUUUGUUGAUUGAUGUAGAUUCAUGUAUUUCUGACGUUAUAGUGGAGAAAGAUGAGCUAUUGAAAGACAUUAAGGACCUUAACAAUGCAGCAGCUUCCUUAGCUUCGGCCAUAGUCUCUGGGAAAAGCAGUGAUGCAGCCAAAGAUUUGGAGAGAAGAUUGGGUGUUUUCGAGAAGCAACUGGAAGCUUUGGAAAAGCAGGUGGAUAAUCUGUUCUCGGAAGUUUUGGCAGGCAGAAAUGAACUGCUUCUCGUCGUUCGACAACGCAAGCAAUAG